AUGGACCUCCUCCCUCAGACGAUGCGCUCUCUCGUCGCACCGAAGCACGGCAGCCCUGUCGGCUGGGAAGUAGCUGAAGUGCCGGUGCCGACCAUUACCAGCCCCACGGACGUGAUAAUUCGAGUAAAGGCUGGAGCUGUCAUGAAGGGCGACUGCCAGAGAUCUCAGGGUUCUCCGAUCGUUGCGCUACGCAAAGAAAGUUUUCCCAUCAAGAUUGGCUGCGAGGGCUCCGGUAUCGUCGUAGCUAUCGGCGCGGACGUAAAAACCCUCAAAGUAGGCGACGCAGUCUACGGGCUGUGCUUCACGCGGCCAGCCUUCAGCAUCCCCGACCCAGGCUUCUGCUCCGAGUACGCCGUUGGGCCGGAGAGACUUUUCCUGCCCAAGCCGCCGCAUAUGAGCUUCGAAGAGGCUGCAUCUCUUUUGGGAUACACCGUCACGGCGUAUCAGACCAUUAGACGCGGACUCGCCAUCGCAGGACAGGAAACGCUAGAAGGCAAGACCGUCUUCAUUCCCGGAGCCCUGAGCGGUGGAGGCUUCAGCGCGAUCCAAGUUGCCAAAAAUGUCUUUGGCGCCAGGAAGAUUAUUUCCACGGUUUCGACUCCUAAGAUGAGCCUCGUUGAGCAGCAUCUUCCGGGGAUGGUUGAUGAACUGAUUGAUUACACCACUACGGACGUCGGCUCUGUGAUACCUAAAGGAAGCGUGGACUUCAUGUACAACACGCAGUGGAAUACUAUGGGUCCCGGAAUACCUCUUCUCAACCCCAAGACGGGCAUACUCAUGUCUAUCGCAUCUAUUCCCCCGCCAACCUUGACAAAAGAGCUCCUUGGGCCAGCACUGGUUCCCUUCUGGGUUGUCUGGGUGUUACAUUUAGCCCAGCUUUGGUACUCGUUCUUGUUACGCGGCACCAAUAUCAAGCAUGAAUUCGUGUCUGGCAAUCCCGAGAACAGAGAGGACUUGGAGAAGGCUGGGGAGCUUAUCGCUACUGGCAAGGUCAAGGGCGUCUUUCGAGUAGUGGACCUGGCGGACUUGAAAUCGGUGAAGGAAGAGUGUGAGAAGGACGGCGGUAAAUGGUUUGAGAGGUUCAUCACACGUCUUUUCGCAAUCGCAUUCAUGUCAAAGGACCAAUCCCUCCGCCUCCCAGAUGGCCGCACCCUCAGCUACACCACAUUCGGCAUCACCCCACAACCAAACCAACCAACAAUCUUCCACUUUCACGGCCUCCCAGGCUCCCACCACGAAGGCCAACCCGUCCAUGAAGAAGCCACCAGGCGCAAUAUCUGUGUUGUCGCCGUAACACGCCCGGGCUACGGCGGUUCGACCUUCCAACCCAACCGCACAAUCCUCUCCUUCCCGCAAGAUGUCCUUCACCUAGCAGACAGCCUCAAAAUCCAGCGCUUCGCCGUGCUAGGUAUCUCCGGCGGUGCUCCGUACGCCCUCGCAUGCCUGCACUCCAUUCCGCCACCACGGCUCUCCGGCGUGGCAAUCGUCUCCGGGAUGUUUCCGUCGGAGCUAGGUCUGAGCGGCAUGAUGCUCAUGAACCGCCUGCUCUUCAGCAUUGCGCCGUGGUCACCGGGUCUCAUUGAGAGCAUCGCCGACUGGGAAGUGGGGAAUCUCGCUCGAGAUGCUGAACACCCGGAAAGGCUCGCCCGAGCGACGGCUGAUGCCUUCAAGAGUCGUCCGGUUGAGGAUCGGGAAGCGCUGUACGCCGAUGAUGGCAAGAUCUUGCGGGUGUUGGAGCAGAGUACACGCGAGGCAUUUCGUGAGAGUAGUCGUGGAUUUGCGUGGGAAGCGAAACUAUUCGGGAGUCCUUGGGGGUUCGAGUUGAAGGAUUUGGUUGUACAGGAAGGGAAGUUGGUUAUCUGGCAUGCGAGCAAGGAUGUCAACGUCCCAUUACGGAUGGCCCAGGAGGCAGCGGGGAUGAUUCGAGGUGCGGAGCUCAGAGUCGUUCAAGAAGAGGCGCACAUCAUGUUCGUGAAGCCUCUCAGUAAUGAUGGAUACCUAAAUGAAGAUGUUGCUCACAUUUCGACUUACACAGCGUCUCUAUCAUCUAGUGUGGUGGACUAUCCUACCGAGAACGGUCGGCGUUACCACGCGUUUCGAGCGGGCACGUACCUUGGACCUAACGACGAAAGCGAGAUGGACAGACUAGACUUGAAUCACAUGUUGAUAAUGAAGACAAUUGGCCGAAAGCUUUUCCUGGCUCCGAUUCCGCCUCAGAGUAUCCAUAGAAUACUUGACAUCGGCACCGGCACGGGAAUCUGGGCUAUCGAGGCAGCGGAUGUGUUCCAAAACGCAGAGAUUCUAGGAAUCGAUCUGAGUGCAAUCCAGCCCUCAUGGGUGCCGCCCAAUGUGAAAUUCGAGAUUGACGACGUUGAGAGUCCUUGGGUCAACGAACACAAAUUUGACUUCAUCUUCUGUCGGUACAUGGCGGGCUCCAUCGCAGACUGGGAAAAGCUCAUUAAGAACAUCUUUGACAACUUGGCCCCCGGAGGUUGGGUUGAAUUCCAGGACUACGAUAUUUCUAUCGUCUCGGAUGACGGCACGUUGACCGAAAAGCACCAUACUUCCAAGUGGAUGAGUCUGCUCAUCGAAGCAUGUGUUAGCGUUGGGCGUGAUCCUCGCCCUGGACCCAAUAUUGAAGGUUGGGUCAAAGACGCUGGAUUUGUCGAUGUGGUCCAUCAGAGAUUCAAGAUGCCUAUCGGUCCUUGGCCAAAGGACCCGCACCACAAGGAUGUCGGUAUGACGAACUUGAUCCAGCUUCUGGAUGGACUGGAAGGCUUCAGUCUGCGGGCCUUCUGCGGCAUCCUUGGCUGGACGAAGGAGGAAGUCUUGGUGCUUCUUGCUCAAGUGCGCACUGAGUUGAAGUCUGGGAGCUUCCAUGCUCGUAGUGCAAUUCAUGUGGUCUAUGCACAAAAGCCGGAGGAGAAAACGGAGGACUAA